GAGAAAUUGCGUACGGAAAAAGUGGUCCAAAGAGAACAUGGAUCACAUACACAACAACAUGUCUGUCACGUAUGUGACCACAAAAAAGAAGAUCCCCAGGCCACAAUUAAAGCCCAAUGCACAAGUUCCCAAGACAUUGGACAGGGACUUCGAAUCAGGGGGGAUUGGACCAUCCAAGAUUGAGGCAUGUUCUCAGAAGACUCAAAACAUAAAGAGGACAUACGCAAGAAAAAAGUACCAUGACCUGCAGCCUGUCUUCAUGAGUCCUCCAGGGGAUCCGACGAGUGAGUCGGCGGCGUCCUGCUCGGUCAUCGCCUCCAGCCUUAUCAAUGGGGCAGAGGAGCCCCAUAUGAGCCACCUGGGGCACCUAGGCCACAUGGGGCACAUGGCCUACCGGAUGCAGGCCAGAGAGCCGUGCUGCCACGUCAUGGAUGGCUUGAGGGCGACUGGUUCUCGUGUAGGUGGUGGCAUGAAGAGGAAGCAACCCGUAGAGGAGCCGUGCCGGUCCCCAGUCACAAGCCUCCCAGGUGUUAUACGAGAGUCAGUUCUUGUGGUGGAGCGUACAGACAGCAGUCAUCUGAUGCUGCCAUCUGAGGAGCCAAAGCCGAAAAUCUUCACCACAAAGAAGGAACCGCCGACUUAUCCACCAGGGAGUCAGGAAGAGAGGUGGCAGUUGCAGAUCUUGGGGAAGGGAAGAGUCACGUGUCCCAAGUGCAAAUCGGUUGGAAGGAAGACAGUCGAGGGUCUAAAGAAGCACAUGGAAUCGUGCAAUAUGCACCCCUUUACAUGUCCGCACUGUGGAAAACAGCUGAAAUCCUCAACGGGGAUGAAGUACCACCUCAUGGCUGACCACAACAACCUGCCUUUGCUGCAGGAAAGCAGUGGGAUGGACGACCAGGCGCUAAAAGAGAAGCUCAGGAAGAUUCUGAAAAGAAUGGGCAAACUGAAAUGCUCCAAAGAGGGAUGCAGUGGCAGCUUCACCAGCAUCAUGGGCUACCUGUAUCACACCAAGAAGUGCGGCAAGGAGGAGUCUGAGCUGGAGAAACUGCUGCUGAACUGCCAGCACUGUGGGAAGCCGUACCGCUCGAGGGCAGGCCUGGAGUAUCACCUGAAAUCUGAACAUGCCCCAGUCGUGACCUGUCCACAGACGCCCCAGAAGGCGGACGAGGAUGAGUCGAAGGCCCAGCAGGAGCCCAGUCCAGAGAGGACGCCCAGCGGCCGUGUGAAGCGCAUGUCUGCCCAGGUGGCCGUCUACCACCUGCAGGAGAUAGCCAAUGACGAGCUCAGUAAGGAGUGGCCCAAGAGGAAGGUGCAGCGGGACCUGGUCCCAGACGAUAAGAAGCUCAAAUAUGCUCGUCCUGGAUUGCCAGCUUUCAGUCAGGAGGUUCUGCGCAAGUGGAAGAAUGAAGUCAAACUGCAAAGAAAAGUGCAGUGCCCAAACCAGGGCUGUGGUGCAGUUUACACCAGUGUGUCUGGGUUGAAAGCCCACCUGGGUCUCUGUACAAUGGGAGAGUUUGAAGCUGGCAAAUACAAAUGCCUGAUAUGCCGUAAAGAGUUCAACUCUGAGAGUGGGGUGAAGUAUCACAUCAACUCUGUCCACUCUCAGGAGUGGUUUGUGGUGAGCAAAAAAGCCUCCAAGAACUUUGAGAAGCUGCUGAAGACGAAGCCCAGGGUGGUCGUGCCGGAGCCGACUAUCGAGCAGAACCCGGGCCUCCGCUUCACGCCGGGCCUCAACACCUGGCAGGAGAUGGGUCCACCGGUCGCGGCCGCCCCCUCCACCGUCAUCAUGGCCAACCCUGGGGCCGCGGAGGCCGAGGGCAAGAGGAAGGAGCAGGGCGAGAAGGACGAGGAGAAGGAAAGGGAGCGGGCUCGGGAGCAGGGGGGUCGGGAGAAGGACUGCUACGACUUUGACGGCAGCAACAGCAGCAGCAGCAGCGGCGGCAGCUCUAGCAGCGAGUCGGAGGCUGAGGACGUGGCCAUGCAGACGGGGCAGGACACGUGGGCCCUGAAGAGGCCGCCUGUCACCGACGCCCACCACACCGUCCCUCCCCCACUUCCUGCCAAGCAGACCAGGGGUAACCCCUAACUGGCACUCCUGCCCUCCGUCUGUUUGUGGUCCAACCCAGCAUCAUUGGGUUCUCAGACGUUGUCCUUUCAUGUGAAUCAUGAGUGCAACUUUAAUGUACUACAAGUAGUACAGCAACAGUCAGUUUUAACCAACCAAGAGUAACUGUGUUUACUUUUGACACAUUGACAUCCGUGUGCCGGUGUUUUUUUUUUUUUUUGUCUGUUGACUUCAA